GCGAACCCUGUCGUCGCUGCGUCGACCGGUGCUCACACCACUAUAUACGGUUGCAACAACGGUUGUAGUCAUUCUGUACAGUCGACACACCUUCUCACUCUUUUCGCGACGAACCAAACACGUUUGCUUCACUUUCUUGCUUGACCUUCUCGAAACCCAUCAACACGUCUUACACUGAGCGCCAACUUUCCAACUAUUUAUGUUUACAACCAUCUAGAUAUGGUCCUCGAUCCGUCUUGCAACUCUGUUCCGUUCCUCGUCGAACGAGCACCUGCAAACUCAGCGACGACGACGAACCCGGUUUUGUCCUCCAGCAGCAAUUUAUUUAUUGACAGGCCUAGUGAUACCGGCCCGCUUUCCCCGAUACUGUUGACAUCCCAGGGCUCGAACACAUCGAGCAGUACUGACUCCCAACCAACUAACGAGGUGCUUGGGAGUUCUCAGGUUCCGACAUCUUCACAAGCAUUCACAACAUCUGGUGCGACAACUUCUGAGGCGAAUAUGUAUCCAUCGAAUGCUGGAAAUGGUUAUCUCCAACAGGCCAUCACUACCUCUCCGACGCCCGUCAGCAUUGGAUCUGGGCCGUUGCCCAGCCCAACAUCAUUCAGCUCGAGUGCUUCGUCAAUUACAAAUUCCGGGUCAACGGGUGCGAGUUCUGGGUCAAGUUCAAGUCCAACAACAUCUACUUCUGCAGUAGUUUCGGCUUUUGAUCCUACGAAUUCUUCGUCGUCGGCAGAUCCAUCUUCGUCAUCGGACACAGCCUUUACAUUCAGCUCUUCUCCGGUGCUCACCUCGGGAAGCACGAUAAUUCCCACCACGUUGAUUCUUUCAACCACCAAGGUCGACAAAUACAGUACUACGCCGGCCACUACUCCGUCGGUAUCAACGCUGAUUUUGACAUCUACCCUGCUGGGUCAUCAAACCACCACCUGGACGACGACAACGAGCGGGGUGCUCAGCACAGCAGUAGUAGAUACCGCUGGGGACAGACUAUCUCGUUCUCCCGGUUCUAUUGCCGGUCUUGUCCUCGGCGUCCUUGGGGCUAUCGCCUUCGCUAUUCUCUGGCUUUUCUGUGCUCGUCGCCGGCAGCGCAAGCUAUCUCGUGAUGCGAGCGCUAUUCCUCCAUGGGCCCCUGGCGGCCCACUUGACGCUGAAGUAGACAUGGAGGAACGUUACGCAGGCAUUAUUGCCGCUCUCAAUGCAGGAAUGGGUGCGGGAAGAAAUGCCCGGAUUGAGGGAGAUACGAGUGGAGAAGUAUCAGGCGAAUUGGGAAUGGCGCACGCUUCGUCUCCCACUCUACCUCGGUAUUCACUUCCAGGAGAGGAUAAUGACGGUCCGCAUGUCUUCCCGUUAUCUCCACCUCCGCCACCAUCUGCGUACUGUUCUCCCCCGCCACCGUCCGCAUACGUUCCGCCUGGCUCUAAUAGUUCACGUAGAAGAAGCUCGCCUGGUCCUGAUGCUUCUGCAUGGUUCGGAGGAUAUAGCGUCGCUCCUGCUCCAUCGGCUGCGUCGCAUUACUCUCAUUCUACUUCGCACUUCCUUACUAGAACUGAAACGGGAACGAGGACGAGGACUGGAAGCGAGGAGCCGCUCUUGACGAGAGCAGGAAGCAGAUCUUCUUAUCUCGAUUCUGGCAACAACAAAAUUCGGCUCGGGUCAGCGUUCGGCUCACCUGAAGGAAGCAUCAAUAGUCACAACCUCCCACCUACGUCACCGUCCUCUGGCAUUAGGAGUGCAACUACCUCUUCGUUCGAUGUUCUGAGGAGUAUUUCGUCUCAGGGUGCACUGCGGAGUACGUCUUCGCAUGGGUAUGGAUUUGGAUUUGGGAGUACUUCGUCCGGCACUGGAUCACAUCAGGGACCUACGCUGGGACUUGCUAUCAGUGCAGCCCCGAAUAGUUUUACGAGCAGGCGCGUUACGAGGUGGAAGAAAGGGAAGCGAGAGAGUACUGGAAGCAGCACUACCGUGUCUGCAUCUGUGUCGGGCUCCGUGGACGAGAAACCCGCCGGCGUACGAGCUUUCCUUGGUCGUCUCAGACGGGGCAACACGCCGAGCCCAAAGACAGAUUUCUUCAGAGAACUGCCUAGAGACAUGGAGAACGAAGGAGCUGCUGAGAAGAUGAACACUUAUGGCCCGAAUACUUCCCCGCAUACCUUCUCGGCUGUUGUCUCCCCUGCCACUCCCGAACCUGCGUCUGUGCCAACAUCUCCGCGAUUCGUUCUUUCCAAUCCCGAUCCGCGGCCUGCCUCUCCGUAUGUUCAUGUCGACAUGGGAGAACACGAGGAUGGCUUACACCCACCCACGUGGCCAUGGCUGACAGGGCAGUCAACGUUGUUGCCACCAUUUGGGCUCCACUCUCCCGCGCCCACUGACGAGUCACGCCUUACUACGGCCGACGGACUUCUUGAUCCCCGCCUGCGCGACCCUGUUGAAGGAAGGAGCAAUUCAAGUUUACGGGAUUUUGAAGAUUACUCACGGCCAAUUGGAGGACUCAUCAAUAACCGGAUGCACAGCACCACAACGUUUGGCACUGUUGAUAUCCAAGAUUUCGACAGUGUAGCAAGCAUGCCAAAUCGAGAAGACGACCAGCAAGAGGAUGAUUGUGCUACAGCGACUCAGACACCUCGUGCAAGCUGGAUCAUAGAUGGUGGCGCGGGGGCCCACGCGCACUAGGACGAACUAAUCUGGACUGCUGCCACGACUUGGAUAUGACUUUAUGACGACUCUUUCUUUGCUGAGAUGUUUAUGAAAUGACGAAACACUUUCGU